AGAGUAGCUUAGUAUUGGUUUUGUUUCACCACAUAGCGAAAACGCGUGCUCUCCGGAUAAAUAGAGUGGAAUUUGUGUGUGAAAAAGUGCAAAAGGGCCCCCAGAAACUACUUAAUUCCCUUCAUUGGUGCCCCAUUGUGGUGCGCAACGUGAAGGUUUGGGCUGAAUCGCGUUAAUUUGGUGGGAAAAAGUGACGUGAGUUGCCGCUGCGUCCGGACACCUUGUUUUCGCCAUUGUUCCAAUGGCGUCCGACGAUGAGAUCGAGUCUUUCACCGCUGAAGACACGGAGCGGCAGGAGGUUGAAGGUGGUGGUGCUGGAGAAGCUUCCGGUGAAUCUGAUGAACCUCUGGAGAAAGUGAGGAAUGACGAUGACGAUGACUACGAACCGGAAGAUGGGCGGAAGAAGAAGAAAGGGAAGAAGCGAAAGCUGAAGAAUGAGCGGGGGAAGAAGAAGAAGAAAAAGAAGAAGAACGAGAGUGCUGAGGAGAGUGAUUAUCAGCACGAAGAAGCCGCUGCGGGGGAUUCGGACUACUCAACGCCAAAGCGUGGACGGAAGAAGCGUGAGAGUGAGAAACGUCAGCGGGAUCCACCAUCGAAUUCCGGGGCUUCCGGGUCAGGUGGGGGCAUGCCAACGGUGGAGGAGGUGUGUGAGAAUUUUGACAUAACGGACAUCCCGAUUGAGUACACGGAGGAGGACUUCCAGAAUCUCAUCACGUACAAGAUGUUCCAGAUGCAUGUAAGGCCCAUUCUGCAAAAGGAGAACCCCCGGGUGCCCAUGUCGAAGCUCAUGAUGCUCGUUGGGGCGAAAUGGCGGGAAUUCUGUGAGCUCAAUCCGAAUUUGCGUGAUGCCGAGGAGCCCAGGGAGGAAGAGGUCUCAUCGCCGCCGUCGCCUGAGUACCAGCCGAAGCCGAGUAGGAGUCGUGGGAAGGCUGAGAAAUCCGAGGAGUACGUUGGUGGUGGGGGUGGUGGUGAUGAGGAGGAAGAAGAGGAUGAGGAAGAGCAAAAAUCGAAGAAAAAACGUGGCAGAUCGGGUGCGAGUAAGAAAGGGAAGCGCUCAUCGGGUAAAGUACCGACGUUGAAGAUAAAAUUCGGCAAGAGGCGUCAUGGGAGUAGUGAUGAUGAGGCUGAUGGAGCUUCGGGGGCAUCUGAGCGGGAUUCUGACGUUGAAUUCGAGAAGAUGCUGCAGAAAUCCGAAGAGCAGAGCCCCAAACGCGUUGAGAAGGUCGAUGAGGGUGCUGCCGAGGCUGCUCAGCCGGCUGUAAGGAAGAAGGCAAAAACAAAGAUUGGGAAUAAAUCAAAGCGAAAGGCCAAGAAGACGACAAAUCGCUUCCCAGAUGGUGAGGAGGGUGAGCAGGAGCACCAAGAUUACUGCGAAGUUUGUCAGCAAGGUGGGGAGAUUAUUCUCUGUGACACCUGCCCACGGGCCUACCAUCUUGUUUGCCUCGAUCCGGAACUGGAGGAGGCACCCGAGGGCAAGUGGUCGUGCCCCCAUUGUGAGGCGGAUGGGCCAGUGGAGCAGGAUGAGGAUGAACAUCAGGAAUUCUGUCGUGUUUGCAAGGAUGGCGGUGAACUACUCUGCUGCGACUCCUGCCCAUCGGCCUAUCACACCUUCUGUCUCAAUCCACCACUCUCGGAUAUCCCUGAUGGGGAUUGGAAGUGCCCGCGGUGCAGUUGCCCACCCCUCAAUGGGAAGGUGGCGAAGAUCCUCACGUGGCGCUGGACGGAGGAGGAGAUGCCAUCCAUGGAGCCGAGUACAUCGAAGAAAUCCACGCAGGGCACGCGACGUCGUGAGUACUUUGUCAAAUGGCACGACAUGAGCUACUGGCACUGUGACUGGGUCACUGAACUUCAGCUCGACGUUUACCAUCCACUCAUGUUCAGGUACUACACACGUAAGUACGACAUGGAGGAACCUCCGAAAUUGGAGGAGAUGCUCGAUGAAUCGGAUAAUAGGUACAAGAGGAUUAUGAAGCACAAAGGUGGGAAGGAUAAUGAUGAGGAGAUGAAUCUUGAGGAGAAGUACUACAAGUAUGGCGUUAAGCCUGAGUGGUUGAUUAUACAUCGUGUUAUCAAUCAUCGGACAAUGCGCGACGGGAGGACGCUGUAUUUGGUGAAAUGGCGCGAUUUGGCGUACGAUCAGGCAACGUGGGAGGAGGAAUCUGAUGAUAUUCCGGGGCUGAAGUUGGCCAUUGAGUACUACAUGGAUCUACGGAUGGCAUGUACGCAGGAUACGACGGUGAAGAAGAAGGGGAAGAAGGGCAGGAAGAGUCGUACGAAGGAGCUGGAGGAUGAGGAUAAAUUCAUCCCACGUCGCUACACACCGCCCCCGGAGAAGCCAAUAACGGACCUGAAGAAGAAGUAUGAUGUUCAGCCGUCAUUUAUCAAUGAUACGGGGAUGCAGUUGCAUUCGUAUCAGCUUGAAGGGUUGAAUUGGUUGCGCUACAGCUGGGGUCAGGGGAUUGAUACGAUUCUUGCGGAUGAAAUGGGUUUGGGGAAAACCAUUCAGACGGCAUCGUUUCUGUAUUCGCUGUACAAGGAAGGUCACUGCAAAGGGCCCUUCCUCGUGGCUGUCCCACUGUCGACUAUCAUCAAUUGGGAGCGUGAAUUUGAAUUGUGGGCUCCGGACUUUUACUGCAUCACCUAUGUGGGUGAUAAGGAUAGUCGUGCUGUUAUACGGGAAAAUGAAUUGAGUUUUGAGGAGAAUGCCGUUCGUUCGGGGCGUCCGUCUAAGUUCAAGGCGGCCAGUAUGAAGUUUAAUGUUCUCCUAACGAGUUAUGAGCUAAUUUCCAUUGAUGCUGCAUGCCUGGGGAGUAUUGAUUGGGCUGUUCUUGUUGUCGACGAGGCGCACAGGUUGAAGAGUAAUCAGAGUAAAUUCUUCCGCAUCUUGGCAAAUUACAACAUUGCCUACAAGCUCCUGCUAACGGGUACACCACUACAGAAUAAUCUGGAGGAGUUGUUUCAUCUGCUGAAUUUCCUUUCAAAGGAUAAAUUUAAUGAUUUGGCGGCAUUUCAAAGUGAAUUUGCGGAUGUUUCCAAGGAGGAACAAGUGAAGCGUUUGCACGAAAUGCUCGGACCGCAUAUGCUGCGUCGCCUCAAGGCGGAUGUAUUGAAGAAUAUGCCGUCAAAAUCGGAGUUCAUCGUACGUGUGGAGUUGUCGCCGUUGCAGAAGAAGUACUACAAGUAUAUUUUGACCCGAAACUACGAAGCGUUGAAUUCAAAGAGUGGUGGUGGCGCGUGUUCCCUGCUGAAUGUAAUGAUGGAUCUCAAAAAAUGCUGCAAUCAUCCGUAUCUCUUCCCAUCAGCAGCUGAGGAGGCACCCUUAGGCCCAGGAGGUGGUUACGAGCUUAUGAGUCUCAUGAAGGCAGCUGGAAAGUUGGUUUUGUUGUCAAAAAUGCUGAAACUCCUCAAGGAGCAAGGACAUCGUGUUCUGAUCUUCUCACAAAUGACAAAAAUGCUCGAUAUCCUGGAGGAUUUCCUCGAAGGUGAGGGUUACAAGUAUGAGAGGAUUGAUGGGUCAAUUACAGGAGGUCUCCGACAGGAAGCAAUUGAUCGUUUCAAUGCCCCAGGAGCGGCUCAAUUUGUCUUCCUCCUGUCAACACGUGCUGGUGGUUUAGGCAUUAAUCUCGCCACAGCAGACACCGUGAUCAUCUACGAUUCCGAUUGGAAUCCCCACAAUGACAUUCAAGCCUUCUCUCGUGCUCAUCGUAUUGGCCAGGCUAACAAGGUCAUGAUUUAUCGCUUUGUAACACGUAAUUCCGUUGAGGAGCGUGUUACGCAGGUGGCAAAGCGUAAAAUGAUGCUUACGCAUCUUGUUGUACGUCCCGGAAUGGGUGGAAAAGGAGCCAACUUCACGAAACAAGAACUAGAUGAUAUCCUUCGUUUUGGCACGGAGGAACUCUUCAAGGAGGACGAAGGAAAGGAAGAAGAGGCCAUUCACUAUGAUGACAAAGCCGUUGCCGAACUCCUUGAUCGCUCAAAUAAAGGCAUUGAAGAGAAGGAAAGUUGGGCCAAUGAGUACCUUUCAUCCUUCAAGGUAGCCUCAUAUGCGACAAAGGAGGAGAAUGAGGAGGAAGUUGAUACGGAGAUUAUUAAACAAGAAGCCGAGAACUCUGAUCCAGCUUAUUGGGUUAAACUCCUUCGGCAUCACUAUGAGCAACAUCAGGAAGAUCUCGGACGUACCCUUGGUAAAGGGAAACGUGUUCGUAAACAAGUUAACUACACAGAUGGUGGAGUUGUUGCCACGGAAUCACGUGAAGACUCCAAUUGGCAGGAGAAUGUUUCAGAUUACAAUUCAGACUUCUCCGCGGGAUCAGACGAAGACAAGGAGGAUGAUGAUUUUGAUGAGAAGAAUGAGAAUGCUGACCUAAGUCGACGCAGUAAGAGACGCCUUGAGCGCAAGGAGGACAGAGAUCGUCCAUUACCACCACUCCUGGCACGUGUUGGGGGGAAUAUUGAAGUUUUGGGCUUCAAUGCGCGGCAGAGGAAGAGCUUCCUCAAUGCAAUUAUGCGCUACGGGAUGCCACCGCAGGAUGCAUUCAAUUCCCAAUGGCUCGUACGGGAUUUGCGUGGGAAGAGUGAGAGGAAUUUCAAGGCGUACGUUUCGCUCUUUAUGCGGCAUCUCUGUGAACCGGGCACAGAUAAUGCGGACACCUUUGCAGAUGGUGUACCGCGUGAAGGUUUGAGCCGUCAGCAUGUUCUCACGCGUAUUGGUGUGAUGAGUUUGAUAAGGAAGAAGGUGCAGGAGUUUGAGCAUAUUAACGGCUACUAUAGUAUGCCGGAAUUGAUAAGGAAACCCUGUGAACCCGUCAAGCCGAUCGUGAUCAAUGAUGGUGAAAAGAGCGCAACGACAAGUACAAGCGCAACACCUGCUACAUCGGCUGCUGCUAGUCCCAUCCCCGUGGACAAAGAGACUGACAAGGACGGCGCAGAGAAGCCAGCAACGCAAGCCGGUGGUGGCAGCGCUGAAGAUGAGAAGAAGGAAAAUGACGUGAAGGAUGCACCGAAGGAAGAAAAGUUGGAGGAAGGUGAAAAGCAGCCUUCAGGUGGGGAAAAGAAGGAAGACACAACGGAGGAAGCAGAUGGUGCAAAAGACACCGGGAAGGAGGUUAAAACGGAAGAAGUAAAGCAGGAAGCAACUGCCGAAGGAGCAACAGAAGACGCUGAAAAGGCAGCCGAUGCCGAGGUAAAGGUCGCAGAGGCAAAACCAGAGAAAGCAGUAACCCCCAAGAAGGAAGAAGAUGACGAUGUAGUUGUCGUGAAGGAUGACUACGAAACGGAGGGGAAGAAGGAGAAGACCGAAACGAAGAUUGAUGAGAAUCUCGAGGUGCAUAAACGCAAUUUUAUGUUUAACAUCGCUGACGGUGGUUUCACGGAGCUUCACACGUUGUGGCUGAAUGAGGAGAAGGCCGCCGUUCCGGGGCGUGAAUAUGAGAUUUGGCAUCGUCGUCAUGACUACUGGCUCCUGGCUGGGAUCGUGACGCACGGCUAUGGGCGAUGGCAGGACAUACAGAAUGACAUUCGUUUUGCCAUUAUCAAUGAACCCUUCAAAAUGGACGUUGGCAAGGGGAAUUUCUUGGAGAUUAAAAAUAAAUUCCUCGCGCGUCGCUUCAAGCUUCUCGAACAGGCUCUCGUGAUUGAGGAACAAUUGCGCAGGGCGGCCUAUCUUAAUCUCACGCAGGAUCCCAAUCAUCCGGCAAUGUCGCUCAAUGCGCGCUUUGCGGAGGUUGAGUGCCUGGCGGAGAGUCAUCAGCACCUCAGUAAGGAGUCUCUGGCAGGGAAUAAGCCGGCCAAUGCGGUGCUACAUAAGGUGCUCAAUCAGCUCGAGGAGCUUCUAUCGGACAUGAAGAGUGAUGUUUCGCGGCUUCCGGCAACAUUGGCGCGUAUACCGCCCGUGGCACAGCGCCUUCAGAUGUCUGAGAGAUCCAUUUUGUCCCGAUUGGCAGCCACAGCUGGGAAUGUACCCAAUGCAGCACAAAACAUGCCACAAUUCCCAACGGGAUUCCAAGGAGCAGCCCUGUCGACAUUCGGUAAUCCGGGAAAUUUUGGUAAUUUCCGACCACAAUUUUCCGUUCCUGGACAACCUGCUGCUGGAUUCCCAACAUCUCAGUAAAAAAGAGAAAAAAAUCUUAAAUCUUCUCAUCAUUUUAUUAAAUGUGCGCGCUGUUUCUUUGUCAACAACAACAUCAAUGUAAUCAUUUUGCAGCAUCAGCAGAAGCAGCAUUAAACCACAAUUUGCCGAAUAGGAGGCAGAUCAGCAUAGUUUUUAGCAACAAACAAACAAACAGAAAAUACUUCACACUUCUUAUAUUUAAAUGAAAAUGUCCUUUACACUACCUUUUUGUUUUUCCUUUGAUGAGGGUUUUAUAUUUCUUCCUUCAACAAUACAUUAGAUACAAAAUUUUAAAGAAAAGAUAAUUUUUCUUGCUCUUUUAGAUUUUUUCCUUUUUUAGUUUAAAUAAAAUGCGUUUUUUUCUGUAGAUUUUUUUAGUUGAUCCAUUGAUUAGAUUUAUUAAAAAGAAAAAUCAAUUUAAUUAAAUCGAGUUUUAUUUUUUUUGUAAGAAGAAAAAAUGGGUAAAUUAUUUUCUUUCGUUGAUGCGUGGUUAAUUUUAUAUUAUUUAGGGAUAUUUCUUUUGCAUCGUCUUUCAGUAUUGUGAAACUCCUUUUAUUUCAUUGAAUUUGUGUUUCAUUUUUCCUGCAAUUUGCAAAGAAAAUAAAUAUGGAAAACAUUUAAAAAA